CGUGUUGCGCUGCAGAAGAGUCCGCUGAUUGGGUACAGUAUCGACUCUAUUCAAGAUGAGGAAGAGGUCCGAGAAAAGCUCGAUCGUACUCAGGAAACGGAUGACGACAGUGUAACAGCUGUAGAAUUAAAGCCAGGAGAAGGACUCUCAGCGGAAACCCCAGGAGAUGUCACGCCAUUAGCAAAAACACCAGGUUCACAUCUGAAGGACAAAGAAGCAAGUGCAGAAUUUUUUGUGAAAGCGGAGGCUGCACGCUCUCUCACAGAGGUACUGGAUAUGCCCGUUUCUGCGAAUGAGUUCAUCAGAUAUUUACAAAUGGUAGCACGUUUCACGAUUGAGUGGUCUGAUAAUCCUGUAAAAUGCAGCGUUACAAGCGAUGAUCUGCCCGGUACUCUCUACAAUACAAUUUCACUAAGAGCACCAGAAACACCUGAUACGUUUGAAGAGUUGUUGCACGACGUUAAACGCAAAAUUGUAACAAAGAUCCAAGCGGAUAUGCUGAAUCAUCUGGAAUUGUAA